UAGACUAAGGACACCGGACGUAAAAAUCCCCCAAAAUAUGAUUAAAUAUGAAUAAUUUAAUACAUUAGAAUAGUCUUUUUUUUUUUCAGUUUACUACCUGUUAAGAUUGUCGAAUUGGUCACGUACACGCCAGAUGCGGCUGAUGUCCUGGUGCACAUUAGUGGUUGUCUUCAGCGACAACCCGACCUUCCUGUCUGUUUUCGCGGAGAUGGCUGAUAAAGGUCGGCUGAUGGUGUGGGAAACAAGACUCUUAGUAAUCACCAGGCUUCCUUUGUCGAACCUUCAGGACCUGUUGCAGAACUACUGGACCUUCUCCAUGAUGAACACAAUGUUCCUUAAACUCAACAUAUCAUCGGGAGAAAACCACCACCAGAUAUAUGGACACAUGCCAUAUGGACCCACUGGAUCCCAUGUAGCGCAACUGGCAAGUCUUAAGUUUGGCAACGUUUUAGUGUAUCUCAGUGACGGAGCGCUGUUCCCUGAAAAGUACAGUAAGUAAGUAGUCGUUACCAUUAUCUUCGUCAUCAUUGUCAUCAUAAUCAUCAGCAACUUCACACCACCA